GCUAACUAUUUGACAACACCGCCUAUCUAUCUUGACAUUUCCAUUGUCAAUAAUGACAGGUGACAGGGUGUAGUAAAUAAAAACUUUCAGUUUUCCGGCUAUUUUCGUUUGUUGUCAGCCUGCCAGAAGCAGAUAUUUCGUGAUAGCGAUAUUUAUGCUAAGAACCGCGUUCGUACAAAUAAGAAAGAUGGCUUCUAGCGCGAUCCCGCAAGUUAAAAACGUCGAUAUCGACCCCAGGGGCACGUUCAAGUACAUUUUGAUAAAAGUAUCCUGUCCCAACGACCAAGGCAAGUUCGAAGACAAAUUAAUCGUUAGAGGAUACGCCGAGUGCGGAUAUCACGCUGAUAUAAACGAUAAAGUAACCGAGGAACUUCAAGCACUGAAGGCUGGUAGUACCAUCAAGGACUGGCGUUCGAAGGUACUUGGAGGAGGAAGAAUCAAGCACGAUCCUGAUGGCAAAACACUUAACGUUUAUGGCUAUUCUCAGGGAUAUGGAAAAGCGGAUCAUCAGCUAUCAGUGGACAUCCUUAAAACCCAAUUUCCAAAUUACAACAUCACUUGGUCCGAUGAAGGUUACUAAGGAACUACCACCUAUAAAUGCCUGAAGUUAAUAUUAUAAACCUUUUACUGUAUUAUUUAAUUAAAAGAAAUAAAAACAGCAGCUUCUAUAACAA